AUGUCUAAUUCAGGGUGUCACUCUAACAGCACCCCCUACAAGACCUGCAAGCUUCUUAAAAGGUUGGUGCAAUUACUCGUUCGGCAGCGGCUCAUGGCAGAUGGUUCAGAUGGCACGCGCAGCGACGCGAUUGAAUGGGCCAAGAUCCUGGGAGACGAGCUGAUGGUGGGCAGCAGAGUACACAUAGCCCAAGCCGAAAAGCCAACGGCAGGUGCUGAUUCGACGGCGCCAAAAGCCGACACUGAUCAACCAGCAGCAAAGGAUGACAAGCCCAACACCGUGCGAACAUCGCAUGUCAUUACCAGUGGCUUGAAAUUGCUGGUCCUAUACUUCUCAGGGCGAUGGUGUCCCGUUUGCGCAGAGUUCGACACAGUUAUCAGAGAUGUUUAUGCGGGACUGAAGUCCUUGGAAGAGUCGUCAGACAUCGAAGUUGUUUGGAUUCCUUGCGACCUAUCCGAAGAUGCAUGCAAGAUUCACCUAAGGCGAAUCGGAUCCUUGCUCGGGGCCUUGUGGUCGCCAAAGCGCUUGCAAGAGCUUUCUGAUCGGUGGAAGGUUUCGUCGAUUCCAACAGCUUUGGUUCUGGAUGCACGAGAUGGUCGAGUAGUGACAGCAUGUGCAAGACGGGACAUGGAAGAGGUCCAUGAGCGCGCAGUGCGCAGAGGAUCAAAAGACACUCGGAACUCUGAAAGCUAUGGUGCCCUCAUGUUUCGAUGGCUUGAACUCCUCGAUGCGCAACGCGCAGCUUUGGAUGAUGGCAUGCCAUUGAAAAUCGAUGAGAGCUCCGACAGCGAGAGUUCCGGAGGGUCUGUGCGUUCCUCACGCAACAGCCGUGCGAGCAAAGCUUCAUCGCGGCGAAACAGCACAAACUUAGCACAACAGCCGGCAGAAGAUGAGAGCUGA